AUGGCGGCCCCGGGCUGGGCGCCCACCCACGCGCGGGUGACGGUGCUGCGGGCGCGGGGGCUGCGCUCCAAGGCGGCGGGCGGCGGCGGCAGCGACGCGUACGCGGUGAUGGCGCUGGGCCGCGACAAGUUCCGCACGUCGGUGGCCGAGCGGUGCCGGGGGGAGCCGCUGUGGCGGGAGGAGGCCACGUUCGAGCUGCCGCCGCGGCCCGCGCUCCGCCUCACCGUCCUGCACCGCGCCCUCACCGGCGCGGACAAGUUCCUGGGCCGGGCGGAGGUGGAUCUGGCGGCGCUGAGGGACGACGGCGGGCGGCGGCACACCAGGUGGUACAAGCUUCACUCCAAACCAGGGAAGAAGGAAAAGGAGAGGGGGGAGAUCGAGGUGGACAUCCAGUUCAUGAGGAGCAGCAUGACAGCCAGCAUGUUUGACCUGUCCAUGAAGGACAAGCCUCGCUCUCCCUUUGGGAAGCUCAAAGACAAGCUCAAGGGCAAGAGGAGCAGCGGCCUCUCGGACACGGCGUCGGCGAUCGUUCCCAGCACGACCCACUCCCCUGCUGACAGCGAGGACGAGGCGGUCGAGAAGGAAAAGAAGAAAUCCAAGUUCAAAGCGCUGUUCUCCAAACCCGGGCUGCAGAAGACCCUGUCCCAGUCCAUGUCAGUCCUGCCCACGCAGCAGCCCGUCACCCAGAAGGUUCGGCUUCGGCCCAGCGACUUCCAGCCCCAGUGGGAUGAGGAGGAGUCUGAGACCUCUCCGACCUCAGAACGAGCCCUUGGAAAUGCCCUGGAAGAGAAGCCAGCUCCUUCUCCUCUGUUUAAAUCUCGUAAAACAGCCCUUUUGGACAGCAGGCAGCUAACCCAAGGAACCAGUAACCACACCAAGAAAGAAGGGCUCUCUUUGUUCAGUGGCCUGAAAUCCAAAAGCGAUCCCGUUUCCAAGUCUAGCCUGUGUAUCAACGGCAGUCACGUUUAUAUGGAAGAAACCACGACGAAGGACAACACUCCAGCCUCCUCUCCCUCUCCUCUCAACUUCAGGAGGAAGCAGCUCUUCGCUUCAGAGGAGAACCUGUCCUCCAGGUCCAGCAAACCACCUGAAGAGACAGGAAGAACCUCUCCUAGUCAGGCUUUCUCUGGGCCCACGUCCUUGGAGACCUUCAAAUCCAUGACUCUGCCGUCGUACAAACUGCUGAGCAGUGAGGAGCCCCUGGACACCAGCGUUGCCCCGAGCACCGAGGCUGUGAGGGAGCCCAAAAAACCAGACCACAAAAAGUCUGCCUUGCUCUCCCUGGUCACUGGGAAGAAAGAAGUGGGGAAAAUGGGAGAUGCUGAGAAUAUUCCCGACAGGACCCUGCAGAGUGAGGAGAACAAAAUUCCAGAAGAGAACAGUGAAGAGGAGGCCAAAUGUCUUGAACCCCCAGCAGAGCUGGGCAGAGGGGACCCAUCAGGAGACACUCAGAGCACAGAAGACACCUUUGCAAACAAGCGGCCGCUCGGCCCUGGUGAGGAGGAACAGAAACCCGAAAAAGCUGCUGCCCCAGCCAAGACCAAAGCUGUGAGGCCCACAGUGAAGCCCAGACUGGGCCUGUCUCCAGAGGAGGAACCCAAAGCCACGCUUCCUACUCUUGCACCUGACCCCCUCCCUGCUUUUCUUUCUGUGCACCGUAUCAGCAGUGCCAGUAAUCCUUUUGUUUCUAGAACGGGGCAGAAAGUCCAAGUGCCAGACUCUGAAAACAUCACUAGUUCUUCUGCCUCUCUCACUUCUCCUGCUUUUGCUGCAGAGCUUUGGAAUGACAAGAACCCCUUUACUCCCGAGUGGGACAGGGCAUCCACAGCCCUGGAUCCCGACAGGAUUGCCCCUUUCCCUUCAUCCCAUCAUCUUCCAGCCUCUGUUCCCAAAGCACCUCUUCCUGGACAGGUUUCUGCCAGGGGUAAUAAUCCCUUUGCUGCUGACUGGGGGCAGGGUCCUGAGAGCUCUGCUGUGGGGGCUUCCCAGAGUCUCUCUCUCCCUCCCACACCUUCCCUCCCCUCUGGUUGUCACUUCAAUGACAAUAAUCCCUUCGUGUCCAAGUGUGGGGGCCAGGCAGGUGUGCCAGGUUUCCAAAGUGUCACUGGUUCUUCCCCUUCCUGCCUCCCUCGUGGUGAGGACUGUUCCUCAGCAGGUCACCCUGGUCGUGGUGCUUCAGGGGGCUCUGCAGAUGUGGCUGGAAGUGAGCCCAGGGAGGAGCAGAAAGUCUGUGCUGGAGAGCAAUGGGCAGAGUGUGCACCCCCCUUAGAGCCCCAGGCAGCUCCUCUGGCUAAAAUCGGCUCACUUCCCCAGGUCAGAGCAGCCCUGGGAGCCUGCUCGGUGUCCCCUCGGGAAGCAGAUGCAGAGAGGGAUGGCAGUGAGGUCCUUGUCCCACCAGAGCCAACCCCACGGAGGGCUGUGGCACUGAGGAAGGGCCCAUUGGUUUCCCAGGCUGAGUUAAAGGGUGAUGCUCCUUCUUCAGGUGAUGGUGUAAAAUCCGUGCCUGGGCUCCUGUUACCUGCUGGUGAAGCCUCAGCUGCUCGUGGGUGCCUCCCCCAAAGUGGCUCCUCUGAGACUGUCCCUCCUCCAGUGACACCUGGAGGUGACAGGCCCUUAAGAAAUGAAGGUGACGAUGAUUUAUCUGCCGGUCUCACGAGUCUCAGGGCUGCCAUUCCCGUUCCUGGAGACCGUGGCUCCAAAGUGGCCAGUUUGCCAGUGAUCCUGGAGGGAGGCUCCGAUGAUGAGCUGCUGGGGGACUGCCAGGAGGGCCGUGUGGAGCACAGAGCAGCUGUGGCUCUGCCAGUGCCAUCUAAAUAUGAGCCCUCAGACCCUGCCUACGCCUAUGCCCAGCUGACACACGAUGAGCUGAUCCAGCUGGUGCUGAAGCAGAAGGAUAUGAUCACCAGGAAGGACGUCCAGGUGCGGGAGCUCGAGGACUACAUCGACAACCUGCUCGUCAGGGUCAUGGAAGAAACCCCCAACAUCCUCCGUGUUUCCAUGUCUGGGAACAAAAAAGCUGGGAAGAUGUGAAGGGUCUGGGCAUGCUGGAGAAGAAGGGCCGAGUUCCCACCGGAGGAGUGUGAGGAGCCGGUGUGGAGCUGGUGGUGCCGGUUGUGCCGCCCCUGGAAAAUGACCUUUUUCCUGUUUCUGCCUUGAGCAACUCUCAGGUUGAUUAGUAGUUCCAUCAGCUCUUGUAAUGGAGUCACCUUAUCAUAUUUAUUACUUGUUUUCUUCCCAUUAUCUGGGAAGAUCAGGCAUUAAUCCAAAGGCUGGUAGUGAUGGAAGGGAGGAGGGUUUUUGAUGUGUUUUGCUUCCCAGCAAGGCACUGAUGAUCCUUUAGGAAGAUUGGCUUUUUUAAUGGUUUUGUUUUGUAGCAGCUCUGAUAGAUCAGUUACUCUUCUUUCCAUAUCUGAAGUUGUAGUGCAAUAUGGAGCCUUGUACAGUAGAGCUUGAAGAUUUGAUUGUUUUUAAAAUAAUAAUUAACUACACUGGAGAAGUCCAAAGAUGUCCCAGCUUCAGACCUGGGCUGUAAUUUAAAAGGAAUUAAUGCCCUGAAAGUUGAACCUUAGUUAAAAGAUUAGAAAGGAAGAAGCAAAUCUCAGUUCAAGUGGAUGUUGUUCCAAAGAGUUCUCCAAGGGAAGUUUUGCAGGUUUUUUGGUGUAGGAGACGUUGAUGUUCACGGUACAGAUCUAUCAUAGGAAUGGCAGCAAUGGAUUUGGACCAAAGGUACCUUGCUGCUCAGAGGGGGAGGAAUCCUGUGGAGCUGAGGGGUGGUGGUUUUGCUGGACAAUCAGUGGAGACAGUGCUGUUCUCCUCCCCACCCCACAGCAGGAGCAGCUCAGUGCUGCUGAGCAGCCACCACAACCUCUUUCUCCUCCUCCUCUGAAAACUAAAUGUGACUUUUUUUUUUUUUUUUUAAGCGAGCUCUUGUCAAAGAUCAAAAAAAGAAAAGAAAGAUCAGAUACCUCUUUGGACCUCUGGGAUUUACCAGGGCUGGGAGAGUCCCUAAAGGGCUUAGAAGGAAGUUGGAAUACAGAGUGGGGAGCAGAGGACCAAAGCUUCAUGAGGACCAAAGCUUAAAGCUUUCCAACCUUAAUUCUGUGGAAGUAAACACUCCCACCUUUGGAAGUUGUUGGGUUAUUGGCUCUCACCCCUGGCUCAGGGGUGAGUUUCUAACUCACUUUUUCUACAGCAAAGCACUUUACUGAGGAACUGGACCAGCUGGCUGGACUCUCACCCUGUGAGCAGUCUGCCUACAAUUGUCAGAAACCACUGGAAACCACUGGAGAUCUCAAAUACUGUAUUUUUGUAGCAAAGAGCAGUUUAAUAUAUUUGCCUGGAGAUGUAAACAUUUAUUAGGAAAAUCAAAAAAUGCUGUUAAUGACUUUUUUAUUCCUCUAAACUGACCUACUACCAAAGUCUGGAGCUUCUCUGGCAGAGCUGCCCCUUAGGGGGAGCUCGACCUGAAACAAGCCUUAAGUUCAAGAGUCUUCCAAGACUUCAGGUACUUCUUUUUCCUCAUUUUACUGUUAUUUGAGCAGUGUCUGCAGCGAAGGGGGUUCUCUCUGUUCUCUUGUACCCUCUACUGUGAAUGAAGGGUCCCAAAUGCAGGCGGGGGUGGUUUAAUCCUGAGUGGUGCUGGUUGGCCUUGCUGAAACUGCUGCUGCUUCUUGUGCCUUCUCGAGGGAGGAAGAUGAAGGAUUGAUUUGUUUCCUCCUUGUGCCUCGGUGGAUCUCUGGAAAAGAGGAUCCUGUACCUCACUGACAGAUUUGGAUUUUAGACUUUUAUUCCUCAGCUUUUCUGAUCUGGGUCACAAAGGAGAGCCGUUUGUGCCUUGGACCUUGUUUUUAUUGACAACACUUCUUAAAACCUUCCUUUGGUGUGCGGGGACUGGCAUUUUAUUUCCUUUAAGGGCCUUAAGAAUCAAAUAUAUUGUUUUAUUAUUAUUGAAGGAUCUGAAUGUAUUCCCCCCCCCCGUUUGUACUCUCUGCUUUUUAGCCCAGGUACUGUUUUGUUUUUAAACACCUUUUUGGUUUUCAUGGAACACUAAAAAUAAAAAACACCUUAAACCCAC